GACCUUCUCCAUGUCCCUUCUCUCACUUUGCUUGCUUCUUCAUUUCUUAUUAGCAAAGUGCUUAAGUCCCCUUGUCCCAGCUUUGUACAUAUUUGGAGAUUCACUUGUAGACAGUGGCAACAAUAAUCAUCUUCCCACAAGUGCGAAAGUGAACUUUAAACCAUAUGGCAUAGACUUCCCAGAAGGUCCAACAGGAAGAUUCACUAAUGGCAAGACUUCUGUAGAUUUUAUUGCUGAGUUUCUUGGGUUACCUUUAGUUCCUCCAUACAAUGGUCUUUCAGUGGCUCAAAAGAGCGAGACAAUAACCGGAAUCAAUUAUGCAUCAGGAUCAGCUGGUAUCCUUCGAGAAACAGGAUCUGCACUGGGGAAGAAUUUAGCCCUAGAGGUACAAGUUGAGUUGUUCAAAGAAACUGUUAACAAUUACUUGCCAAAGAACUUCAAAACCAAGGAUCAGCUCUUGCAGUACUUAUCCAAAUCCAUUUUUGUGGUAUGCAUAGGAGGCAAUGACUAUAUCAACAACUAUAUACUACCGGCGCAAUACAACAGUAGUCGCCUAUAUCCCCCGGAACAAUAUGCAGGCAUUCUCUUAAAAGAAUUCAAACAACAUUUACAGGACAUUUAUAAUUUGGGAGCAAGGAAAUUUUUGGUAUUCAACAUCAGCCCAAUUGGGUGUAUACCAGCUAUGUUAAAAUUAAAAAAUCUUACAUUUGGAUGUGCCAAUGAUAUAAACCAGUUGGUAUCCCCCUACAAUGAGGGAUUUCCCAAUAUGUUACAAGAGCUGAGCACUACUCUUCAUGGCUCAACCUUUGUCCAUGGAAACAUUAAUUUUCCAUUAAGCCAUUUCUUGAACCACAAUCCUUUUAAAAAUGGGUUUAUUAGUGCAAACCCAUGUUGUAUCACAAACGAUGAAACUCAUCAAUGCCUUGAAGAUGAAGAACCUUGCAAUGAUAGAACUACACAUAUCUUCUGGGAUGCAGUUCAUCCAACCCAACCUGUGAAUGUUGGUGAGAUGGCCAUCCGGCCUCAUCACGGAACUGCUGUAACGGUCGCUCCGUUACGGAAGGAAUAAUUUCAGGAGUAACGGCAGGGCGAUUCCGCUGAUCGGAAAAGAUCCGUUGUUCAACGGAUCGGACUCUAUCUCUAUAAAAGAGUGAAACGUAAAGUUGGAAUAAUAUACGCACAUGAUCAGUCAGUCGGAGCCCUAAAAAAAUCCUGGAAACUUUUUUUGUCUUUCUCAUCCUCUGUUCCUGAAACUCCUCUACACUGGUAUCAGAGCUACGGUCGAGAUCUAAAACACCGCCGAUAGCUGAAGCUUGGGCGAUCAGCGCCGAGAUCUAAAACGCCGCUGAAUUGAUUUUCUUGCAUCUGAGGUCAGACGGCACGGUUUUCGUCCCAAGCAAGCAGCGGCGAUUACAACACUCUGAGUUUCUGAGGAUCGAGCUGCCCGCCGGUGGCUGAACUGGAAGUUUCUUCCUCUCACCCAUCUCGAUUAUAGCCGUGAGAGUGAGAAGCAUUUCGCUGCUGCAGACCUUCUACAGAACAUUACUUGAGUCGGGAUAGUGAGAAGUAGUUCGCCGCUGCCAGAUCUUCUUCUGAUCAAACCACCGACGGUUUUGUUCUGAAACUUUGUUUUAAGAAGAAAUUUAAGUGCUUUACUUUGAACUGCAAUUACUUUACAGAGAAGUACGGCUGAGGUAAGUUGUUACAUCUUAAAUAAUUGUUUUAUAUAUAUUUGUAACCCUACUUGUCAUUACAAUCCAUCUGACAUAACCUGUUGAUUGAAAUAUCUGAAAAAUAUUAUUUUAAUAGUGCAUGACACGCUACCCACAGCAAUUUGGAUAAUUUUCUUGUUGCAUACUGUUGUGAUAAGAAUUAGUGUUUUAUAUAUAUUAUAUAUUUAUUAUAUUUAAAGCAAUUGUCAGGAUUUAGUCUACCAAGAAUGUCAGAUGAUUAAAGUGAAUCAUAAAUCUCACAUUUUAUAUAUGAUUUAUUUAAUAUCAACCUUUAUGCAAAGUUUGAUCACAUGCUAGCCAUUGCUUUUCUAUAAAUAAAAGAAAAUAUUGUCUUCUCGUUACAAUAGAGCUCAUUCUUUUAUUACCCAUUUGAUCAGUGAUGUACAAUUUUUUUUAUUGCUUUAUGUGAUGCAAUUUAUUAGGUAAGUGUACUAUUGUUCAAAUUACUCUUCUGUCUCAAGUGACUAUCUGUUAAAGGAAUACGACAGUAUUGUCUUCUUGUUAAUUUUUUUUUUUAUUCUUUACCAUCUAUAUUGAACCGAACCAAUUGAAACCUUUAUA